AUGUCUGUUGGAUUGCUGCUCACGGCAAACGCAGUGCCCUGCGGGUCGCAUGCCAAGCGCCAGCAUAUUGGCUGGGACAUCCGAGCAAAAAGGAUGCUGAGCGAAGCACAUCAUGAUCACAGCGUGCAAGACAUGCACUUGUCUUCGACGUUCAAGAAGAACCGCAGGCAUCUAAAUGUCCUGCGCGACAAGCCUGUGCAGCUGGAGAGAUGCGCCUCCGAGCCGCACAGUGUGAUGAUAGCUGGCAGCGCGAGCACAGCGCCCUUCAAGCCGGUUUGGGAGUUGAAGGAAGCCUUGCCGCCGCUGUUGCCCACGUCAUCAGUGACGUCACCGGCGUCUGCAGCUUUGUCACCCAACUCUCGAGUUCAUGAUCCUUUGUCGUCGACAGUUUCUUUUUUACAAGAAUCUAUCAAGAACGACUACUGCGGAGACCUUCAAUGGAACACAAAGUGGUGCUACAAACGACGUCCAGAUGGCGGAUUCUGGAUGAGAUGA